AUGCUAUUUCGCGCGUUUAAAUUACUACUAGGAGGUACAAUUACCACCGGAGGAGCAGCUCUGGUUGCUCUCUAUCUCUACCAAAACAGACUGAUAUACCCUUCUUGGGCUCAAGGUGCGCGAGACUUUGUUGAUACUCCGGACAAAUACGGACUUCCUUACAAGGAACAUCGCAUUAAAACUGCAGAUGGUGUGGAAAUAAGGGCCUUUGAUAUACGACAAGAGAACUCGACCAUGACCUGGCUCGUUUUAUGUCCCAAUGCUGGCAACAUUGGGUAUUUUUUGUCCGCUGCAGAAUACAUUUAUCGACGUUUCAACGCGAGCGUUUUCAUCUAUUCGUACCGUGGAUACGGCUUUUCUGAAGGUUCUCCCUCGGAGGUUGGUCUGAAAAUCGAUGCAGAUGCUAUCAUGAAGUUUUUGCAGGAAGAUUCUUUCUACAAGACGCAAAAGUUGAUUCUCUAUGGUCGUUCUCUGGGUGGUGCUAACGCAGUUUAUAUUGCAAGAAAGUACUCCCACGUCUGUGAUGGUGUUAUUUUGGAAAAUACUUUCUUGAGCAUACCCAAGGUAAUUCCUCAUGUCUUUCCUUGGCUUGCAUCUUUCUCCUUCCUGUGUCACGAAAAAUGGCGUUCUGAAAGCGAUAUAAAAUACACCGACCCAACUCUGCCGUGGCUAUUCCUUUCAGGUGAGAAAGAUGAGAUCGUCCCACCACAGCACAUGCAAGAGCUAUACAGAUCCUGUCCCAGUGAACGGAAACGCAUUUCUCUCUUUCCGCAAGGUCAUCACAACGAUACUAUCAUACAGGAGGGCUACUGGGAACAAAUUGAAAAAUUUCUAUCAGACUACGUAUAA